AUGGAUGACCGAUAUCAAUAUCAAGACCAACAAGGUUACGAGCCAUAUGCUCCUCCGCUUGGACCUCCUCCUCCUCCUCCUCAACAGCAGCACUACUACGGCGGAUAUCAAGGAUACGACAAUCAAGGCUAUGCACCACCUCCUGGACCCCCUCCAACGCAGAGAGAAGUAUAUCAACAACAGGAUGCCCAAGGUCACGUUGCAGAGCAAUCGUUCGAGUACUCGAGGUGCAACGGCAAGAAGAAAGCUUUGUUGAUCGGGAUCAACUACUUUGGAUCCGAUGCUGAACUGGGAGGAUGUAUCAACGACGUAUACAAUGUCCAUGCGUUCAUCUGCGGACGAUUCGGAUACGAUCCUGCAGAUUGCGUGAUCCUGACGGACGACAAGCAAGAUCCAAGAUCGUAUCCUACCAAAGACAAUAUCAUCCGUGCUAUGGCCUGGCUGGUAGAUGGUGCUCAGAGGGACGACGCAUUGUUCUUCCACUACUCUGGACACGGGACGCAGGUCGAGGAUGUCGAUGGAGAUGAGCAUGAUGACGAUGAUGAGGCUAUCUGCCCCGUUGACUUCCAGCAAGCUGGUCUGAUCAUUGAUGAUGAUAGUGCCCAUGACCUCCUCGUCAAGCCUCUUCCCGCAGGCUGUCGUCUCACUGCGAUCUUUGACUCGUGUCAUUCCGGAACAGUCAUGGACCUUCCUUACGCGUACACUGUCGAAGGAAAUAUCAAGAAACCCAACCUGUUUGAAGGGACUCAAAGUCAUCUCCUUGACGCGGGAAUGGGCGUCCUCACGGGAAACACUGGCAACCUCUUUUCAGGUCUUUUUAGAGCGGCUCAAGAAGCUUUUGAGAAUCAUCAAUCGCAGGAAAUGACAGUCAAGACAAAGACGAGUCCGGCGGAUGUCAUCCAAUGGGCUGGGUGCAAGGACUCCCAGACGAGCGCAGAUACGCAAGAAGCCGGGAAAGCGACUGGAGCCAUGUCUUAUGCGUUUAUCGCGUCUCUUUCUAAGUAUCCUGAUCAGAGCUAUCAGCAGCUUCUGGAAACAGUCAGAGAAGAGAUGAAGGGAAAGUACAGUCAAGUGCCACAAUUGUCGGCGUGUCAUCCCAUUGACACUUCACUUCAAUUUGUCGCUUAG